AUGCUUCUCGUCCGUGGUAAGGGGAAGCUUCGCAUCGACCUCGAAGCGGACCCUUGCAGCUCCUCUUUCUUCUUGCCACUGGGCUGCACCGGCCCGUACGUCUCCCUCUUCGGCCUCGUUGUAUUGGUCUUCCAGGGCUGCUUCGCAAACGUGACGAGAUCGAGGAGGGAAAUCGCCCCAGAGGAAGUAGAAGGAGAAGACCUCGAAGAAGCAUCUUAUGCUCCCGUGAGCAACGACAGCGUCUCCCACGCCGGCAGUAGCGCAUCGAGAUCACAAACAGAUAGUCUGCCAUGGUUUCUGCAAGAAAACAUCAUCGAGAUUGAUCCACCUGUGGCAUCGGCAUCGGCAUCGGCGUCGGCAUCACGACCACCUCCCAGCGUCCCCUUGGAGGAUCCUACAGCGCUUGCUCUGCCCGACAAUCUCCCUGCGACAUUGCGACUGCUCCAUACGCACUUGACAAAGGGUUCAUCAUCUGGACUGCUCCACAAGCCCUCAUUCACCGACCUUGAAGACGGCGAAACGCCUCCGUCACCAGUAGUCUUCGUGCAUGCAGCUCCACUGCAGGAUGGCCUCUCAUGGUGUGACUGGAUCACCAUUGUCACUGUCAGGGAGAAUACUGGUGGAGGAAUCAACGGCAUUGUGGCUCGUGACAUUGGGGAUCUCCUAAGUCGGGUCGGUCCGCCCUCCUUUGAGGGCGGCUCAGCCGGAGGACGAACAAAGGCCGAGAGAGGUCUGGACCAGAUCUUGGGGCCCAACGAACGUCUCAGCGGGAGCAAGGAUGCGUACGGUCCGAGCUCGACACAACGUUUGGGUAGAAUGUCAAAGGAAGGAAUGGAAAGCGAAGAAAGUCAAAUAUGGCCAGACCGUGAGUCUCCCACUCAAUGGGCACGGCAAAAGGAGGCCCUCGCUGCCAAGUACUCUAGCUGGAAGCCCCUCAAGAUCCUCUCUAGGGAGACGCAAUCAGGUCUACGGAUCCUCCAUUCCUCCGAUCCGCAGAAGUGGACUGCCAGUGUCCUCUCCUCCCACUUCAAGGUCAGCGUCGAAGCCGUCAGGAGGAUCUUGAAGGCUCGUCCCGAGAGGUGGGGUGGAGAUGCGGAUGACAAGGGACUGAGACGGAUGGGCGACAAGGGCUCAGAGCCCGAGAGAUGGAAGAGGGAGGAAGAGGAGGUGGAGCGACUCAGGAGAAGCUUGGGCAGGGAUGACGUCGGUGAAGAAGACGAAGUUGGUCUGGAGGAGGAUUUGCAGCAGGCGGACGAGGCAGCCCCUGCACCCUUGACUGGCGUCGCCCCCUCGACUCUGGACGUGCGCUCAUUGGGCAAGCCGCGCUAUUCGGUCAGAUUUGAGGGUCUACCGGCCGCCUCAGCAAGCACAUCGCGGACUGCAGCACGCAAGGCGGCAGCAGCACGAGGCAAGGCCUCAGAUGGCAGCGAAGAGGCCAGUGGAGAGUGGGUGUUGGUCGACGCCGGCUGGUGCGUGGUGCAUGUGAUGACGCCGAAAGCCCGAGCUAGAUACGAUGUAGAGGGUGUGUGGAAGGACCUGGUCAAGGAGCAAGACAGAGAGGACGCUGCUGCUGCGCCCUUGUAA